CCCGUCCCGGGGGCGCUGGGGGCCGGGAGCGGCCGGGGUCCGGGGGAAGCCUCACGUCCUCCCGCCCGCGCCCCGGCUGCAGGCGCCCGCUCGGGCUCCCGGGGCGGCGGAGGGGCGGCCGCCGGGCUGCUCCCCGAGAGGCGAGAGCGGCGAGCUGGGCCACGAGGGGGCGCUGCGGAGCCGGGGGACACCCCUCCCUGCCCGCCUCAGUCCCCCGCCCCCUCCCCGCCCGCGCGCAAAACACACUCGCCCCAGAGGCAGCGCGGCGGAGCCCGAGCCGCGGCCGGAGCGGAGCCGGAGAGCGGAGCCGGAGAGCGGCGGCGGCGGCGGCGGCGGCGGCACCAUGACCCUGGGCAGCUGCUGCUGCGAGAUCAUGUCCUCCGAGAGCUCCCCGGCCGCGCUGUCCGAGGCGGACGCAGACAUAGACGUGGUGGGCGGCGGCGGCGGCGGCGGCGGCGGCGGCGGGGGGGAGCUCCCUGCCCGCUCCGGGCCCCGCGCCCCCCGGGACGUGCUCCCGCUCGGCCCCGAGCCGCCUCCCGAGGAGGCCGAGGCGGACGCCGCCGAGGACGAGGAGGAGUCCGGCGGCUGCUCGGACGGCGAGCCCCGCGCUCUAGCGCCCCGGGGGGCGGCGGCCGCGGCGGGAAGCCCCGGGCCAGGCGCGGCGGCGGCGGCGGCGGCGGCGGCGGCCCGGGGCGCGGCGGGGCCGGGGCCGGGGCCGGGGCCGGGGCCGCCGUCGGGGGGCGCGGCGGCGCGGAGCCCGCUGGUGAAGCCGCCCUACUCGUACAUCGCGCUCAUCACCAUGGCCAUCCUGCAGAGCCCCAAGAAGCGGCUGACGCUGAGCGAGAUCUGCGAGUUCAUCAGCGGCCGCUUCCCCUACUACCGGGAGAAGUUCCCCGCCUGGCAGAACAGCAUCCGCCACAACCUCUCGCUCAACGACUGCUUCGUCAAGAUCCCCCGCGAGCCGGGCAACCCGGGCAAGGGCAACUACUGGACGCUGGACCCCGAGUCGGCCGACAUGUUCGACAACGGCAGCUUCCUGCGGCGCCGCAAGCGCUUCAAGCGGCAGCCGCUGCCGCCGCCGCACCCGCACCCGCACCCGCACCCGGAGCUGCUGCUGCGCGGCGGGGCCGCGGCGGCGGGGGACGCGGGCGCCUUCCUGCCCGGCUUCGCCGCCUACGGCGCCUACGGCUACGGCUACGGCUUGGCGCUCCCGGCCUACGGCGCGCCGCCGCCCGGCCCGGCCCCGCACCCGCACCCCCACCCGCACCCGCACCCGCACGCCUUCGCGUUCGCCGCCGCCGCCGCCGCCGCCGCGCCCUGCCAGCUGUCCGUGCCCCCGGGCCGCGCCGCCGCCCCUCCGCCCGGACCCCCGACGGCCUCGGUGUUCGCGGGCGCGGCGUCCGGCCCGGCCCCCGCCCCCGCCCCCGCCCCGGGCGCAGCGUCGGGCCCCGGGCCCGCGGGCCUGCCCGCCUUCCUGGGCGCCGAGCUGGGCUGCGCCAAGGCCUUCUACCCCGCGUCGCUGAGCCCCCCCGCGGCCGGCACCGCCGCCGGCCUGCCCGCCGCCCUCCUGCGCCAGGGCCUCAAGACGGACGCGGGCGGCGGGGCGGGCGGCGGGGGCGCGGGGGCCGGCCAGAGGCCCUCCUUCUCCAUAGACCACAUCAUGGGCCACGGCGGCGGCGGCGGCGGCGGCGGCGGCGGCGCGGGCCCCCCGGGCGGGGGCGAGGGCUCCCCGGGGUCGCCUUUCGCGGCGCCGGCGGGCCCCGGGGGGCAGGCGCAGGUCCUGGCCAUGCUGACUGCCCCGGCGCUGGCUCCGGUGGCCGGCCACCUCCGCCUCUCGCACCCCGGGGACGCGCUCCUGUCCUCGGGGCCCCCGUUCGCCAGCAAAGUCGCCGGCCUCAGCGGCUGCCACUUCUGACCGCGUCGAGCCCAGGCCCGGCGAGGCCCGCGCGCCCGCCUCCGCCUCCGCCUCCGCCUCCCCGGGCGCCCCGCGGCCCCAGCGGAGCUCAGGGAGUCUAUUUAUGAGGAGUCUCCAGACCUUGGGCCGGCGCGGUGACUUGGCACUUCGGGCUCCGGAUCUUGCUCGGGCCGCCGCGGGCUCCGCGGCGCAGGGAGAGGCCCGGGCCUACGCGAGGCAGCCGCCGCCGCGCUCCCGCUCCCGCUCCCGCUCCCGCUCCGACCUGAGCAGCACACGGGGCAGGGGAGCCUUCACUCCCGCCCGGCCUCUGCGCCCCCGCCCCUCGGAGGCCGGAGGACGGCCCGCCGGAGAGGUCUGCCCGGCCCGCGGAUUCCGCCAGAAACCCCGACUGCGCCGAGAGCUCUCUCCUCCUGCCUCUCCCUCGCUCCUUCCUCAACCUCCAGGCUCCGCUUGUUCAACACGAUAAUUUAAAGAUGCCUAUUAUCCGCUUUGUGCUUAAAAGAAAAUUCCCAUUUGUUUUUUUCUUGCUGCCCUUCAAGGAAGUUCGUUUCGCUGAAGCCUAAAGCAGUGUCUACACAGGCGAAGUGGAAGGGAGAGGUUAAGUGAGGGGGGUCUCCACAAUCCCUGCGGAAACCCCGGAUCCCACUACACUGAGGAACAUCCUCCCUCUUUUGUAUUGGGGUGCUUUUGAAGGAACUUUCCCCCUUUCCCAUGGCCGGCCGGGUCCAGCCAUCCAGGGCCAGCGGCCCUCUCAGCGCUCUGCUCUGUCCCAGGCCCUGGGAUAUUUAUUGUAGCUAAAAGCAAUGAGGUUGGGGU